ACGCUCCGUGCCGUGCGUAGGCUUUUCCCACACUCUUUCAGCCGAUUGUUUGUACAGUAGCUGGGAUGGAGUAAGGAAGUCAUGGAUCCCACUGAAGAAAAACCGACCAAAACGGUGGACAUUUAUCGCGACACAUGGGUCCGCUUCCUAGGCUACGCCAAUGAGGUGGGGGAGGCCUUUCGAGCUCUGGUUCCUGUGGGUUUGGUGUGGGGCAGUUACGCUGUAGCCACGACCUAUGUUACUGCAGAUGCUGUAGACAAAGGGAAGAAAGCAGCUGUGGCUCAUGGAGACAAACCAGGGAAGACAGCCCGGGUGGCGGUGGCAGUGGUUGACACAUUUGUGUGGCAGGCCCUCGCUUCUGUGAUCAUCCCUGGCUUCACCAUCAACCGCGUGUGUGCGAUGUCACUCUACCUGUUGGGUAAAACCACCAAGUGGCCCCUGCCCGUCCGCAAGUGGACCACCACAGCUAUUGGCCUUUCCACCAUCCCCUUCAUCAUUACUCCUAUAGACAGGUCAGUGGAUUUCCUGCUAGACUCAAGCCUUCGGAAAGUCUACGGUGAGGGAGAGAAGCACGAAUAGUACUUGGGAUCCUGCAGGACUGGGUUGUCCCCUUGUCCAGUCUAUAUUGACUCGAACUACUGAAAACACUAUUGGGAAACCUAAGAUGAUGAAGGACAUCAUGAGGCAAGAUCCUCAAGAUUGACAUAAAAGUUAAGUUGGUUAAAUUGACACGCUAUUUCAUGAAACAUCUUUCAAAGGAUGUUUCACCAUAAUCUCUCAGGGUAAUGUGGGGUGUGACACCAAAAAUGGAGUAAACAAGAAUGUAGCAAUCAUAGACAUAUUUGAACACUUCUCUUGACACUUCAAACAUCCAGCUCCUUUAGGUGUUCUGCUGCAGAGGAAUAACAAAGAAAGAAAAUCCAUAGGGGCUAUGGUUCAGAGGUGUCUUUUUGACUCCAUGUCCAAAUGUCAAGUGCAGAAGUGAAUUUGCUGAGUUUAUUAGCCAUAUUCAGAUGUACUGUAAUGACAGGCCAAAAAGCCAGUUUUCCAUGAUGUCCCUUCCUAUUCACUACUUAGGGCAUUUUCACACCUUAAAGUCUGAACCAAGGUCCUGUUUUUUAGGUUUAUUUUUUUUAAUUUAAUUUCUUUUUUACAUCGCAUAUGUAGGUCUGGCUAAUUUUGCUUUCACUGCAAUUUUAGAGGCAGACAGAUGCAUCUUGCUAUCACCAUUGAUGUGUGUUGUGUCUCCCCUUAUAGAUGGGCAUGUGUCUGACUUCUAUUAAUUUGACUCAUUUGUCUUCAUCUUUUGUUUACUCGUCACAGCAGCUCUGUAUGAUUUCCUGUAACACUGGUCUAAAAAUGGUUUUAAAAAAGCUCUGCCAUGGAGAUUGCAUGUGCAAAAUCUUACAUACUUAAAUUACAUGAAUUAGAAAACAAAUGACAAAAGUGCUGGUUAGCUCAUGUUUUCAGUGAAUUUGAUGGUGUGUUAUUACACAUACAUGUUGGUGUAUGUACAUUUAUACUACAAAUGUAGAUACAAGUAACUAGGCCUACCUCCAGAAUAAGGGUACUUUUAGACCAGUGAAAUGGCGGAAGUCCGGUCAAGUGUUUUGACACUGCAAUUGAAGUGAGCCUUAGUUCGAUGUGGUCCAGACUGAAACCACCUACUUUGGUCAGAACAAAGGCUGGCUGUUGGGUGUGUAGACUUUUUAUAUCCACUGUACAUACAGCACACUGUCAGGUAUGUGGGUCUCUUAAACUAAAAAAAACUUGAAAGAACAUCUAGUUUUACUUCAUUAGCACCUUACACUGACAGAUUAUCACCAACCAGCAUCAGUGUGUGAACUGUUCUUAAGUGUGCAAUCAGAUAUAUUCUACUAUACGUAAUUUGUUCAUAUAUAUAACUUUACAAAAACUAUGACGUUUUAAACUCCCUGUGGUUUCCAGCAUGUUUAUGUGCAAUGGUAUUCAUAAAACCAAGUGAAGAUUAGUGUAGUUCCUAUGCAGAAAACGGUUAAAGGGAUUUAGGUAUAAGUACAUUCACAUUAAAAUGGCUGACGCCUUUUUUUGAAGAGCCAAGUAAUAUACUGUAUCUUGUGUUGAACUAUGCAAUAGCCACAACUUAUUGUAUAAAAUAGGGAAUCAUCUACUGUCUUUUACCUCAAACUAAGGUGCAGUGUGAAAGAUUUAAUGGAAUUUAGGUAAUCUAAUUGCAGAAAUGGCAUGGAAUACAGAAUUAUGAUUUAAUUGGUGUAUAAUAACACAAAAAUGAGAAUUGUCUUGUCUUCAUUACCUUAGACCGAGCCAUUUAUAGCUAUAGCACGAACAGGUUUCUGUUCAUGGUUUGUUUGUACAGUAGCUCUGAACAGAUUUUUGUGCUCUAUGGUGGCAAAUAAAGUACAUUACUGCCACCUACUGUGUUUGAGUGUGGACCACAGGUAACACCCCAUUCACUAAAAACCCUAGGCAGCAAAUUAAUAUUGGUUCUAACAGCUAUUUUGCAGAGUGUUCAAUUGGUUGUAAUCUGUAACUUCACUGGUAAAUACCACUAAAUCUCACACACUGGGCUUUAAUGAGGAGAUAUAUGUUUAAAUUAGAAAGGAUAUCUGAUUCCAAAUGUAGCUCUACAUGUGGAGGAGCUAUAUGGGAAAACUAUAAGGGAAUUGUUUAUCAUUGGCAUUUUUUGCCAAUAUACACCAGUUUACCAGUUACAUUUAUUUACACUCAUGCACUUGUUGUCACACCACAUUUGCUGUGUUAUAAAAGAUUGAGAGAGUGAUUUACAUGUAAAGAAAUGGAAAAUGCUGAAAGUACUGCUGUUACGCUUUGCUGAUGAUUGUGUCGUAUUUCACACACCAUAUGAGGUCACAAAGUUUUAGUAGUUCUCACUGGCUGAAAUUUAACAUGCUGCAAUGUGUCAGGAGUACAUUAAAAGUAGUCUAUAUUUACAGCACAGUGUCUGCCAUUAAAAAUGGCAGACAUUUUGACUCUAGUAUGUUAAAUUUUAAUGACUAUAACAUUGAAAUGUGAUUGAGUUCACAGAUAGCUAACAUUUAUAUAGCCACAUCAAAUUGUACUAUUUGGUAUUUUUUGCCAUAGUGUUUCUAUCAAUGCACGAGAAAGGGAAACGUUUACUUUUUUAAAAGUUGCUGAUGUUUUCAUAUGAAUGUUGGAAGUGGGUUUCAUGAGUCAUAUUUUCAGCCUUAACUGAAAAAAAAAACCCUCAAACUCUGUUUCAUGCUGUGCCAGAGUCACAAAAGGGAGCUUUGUCAAAUGUGAAAGCUGAUGCACCAAGCAUUACAACAACAGUUAUCCUCCUGAAACACUGAAAAAUAAAUGUUGUUACUCUAUGUGAAAUAAAUACAAAUAAAAGAUGA